CGAGAUCACAGUAAUGCCUUUCUAGUUGUCCAACGUUUGGAUCGUUGAGAUUAGAACUUACGUCUUCGUUGACGACGUUGCCGGUAACUGAGCCUUACCGGAUGAUCUCGUGAUUCAUUUGUAAAUGAUUGUUUAAGUUUGCGCUGUCGAGGGAGAAAUUAGUGGAAUGAACUUUUGCAUUUGGUUUUCUUUCGAAGAGUCUCUUAAUCGGUGAAUGUAAAUUGUACAUUAUGUAGUACUGUACGUAUGAUAAUGAUACCGUAGUACGUAUAAGAUAGUAUUUAGAUUUCAAUUAAGGAAUCUUUAUUGUUUCAUUGAUAGUAUACACCUAAACGGAUUAGUUGGUAACACGAAGAUUUUUAGUUUCGUCGGUUUACAGUUUACCUUUACGAUUGUACGAUUCUUUUGGUUCUUUGAACGAUGCCAUUCAAACGUGAGAUUAAAUGCUCUGCUUCCCUUGUUGCUCACCGUUGAUUCCAAGUCAUGAGCUACUACAGAGGCAUUACUCUUCCACUCAGGCGUGCGUGAAAUGGACUUUCAGUGGUGCUCGUUUAAAGCACAGCUUUUCCAUGACUUCGACGACGAAGAAUUCUUGAUUAUUAGAAUGGUUUAUGUAUGACAUUGUCAUAAGGAAGUAGUCGUCUUCCUAAGGUUCGUUAUAAGGAUAAUGUUCUUUUCUUUACAUUCGGAAUGCGUGUCUCGAUGAACAUAUGAAAAAUAUUCAAUAAGUACGAGGCGGACGAAUAUUUGCCGUGAUUAUUUUUCAUGGAAUACCAUGUAGUUACGAUUAUUUAAUUUUUUUUUAUUUCAUUACUUUACGGUGUCCUUUUCAAGUUAUUCCGAAGAAUUUCCUUAUGCUAGUUCACACGCACACAUACUUGCGUCGAUGGAAAGUAAUUUUCAUACGAUUGCAGCUAACGACCGAGUUCAACCGAAUUUUCAAUGUAAAAAGAAAACGAAUUACGUAGUAUAGCUAGCGUGACUUAAAAUUCACUGUAAUGUAUAUAUAUAUAUUGUAUACAGGGAGAGAUUAGAGGCGAGAUAUUUUGAUCACGAAACUUUUCGAGGAUAGAAUAUUUUUAUUGGAAUAUUGUUUAAUUAAACGUUCUCACAUUCAGUUGUCGACAAUAGCUCGAGAUAAAACGAUUUGUGAUGCCAACGAACAUAUACCAAUCUCUGUAAUAUAAUUAAUUCCAGAAAUCGAACGGAUCACAUUUUUCUUUCUAGCGCCCUAGAAAACCAAUAAAAACAGUUAGCCUUAUCAUUAUUGAAAUGCAAUGUUUUCCAUGAAAAGAACAAUUGUCAAUUAUUUCCUGUUCAAUGUGUGUACUCUAGUUUUUCGAACGGUGUGUACUUUUAUCGAACUGCACAGGUAAGUAUAACACUGAAUUCAAUUGUAAUCAAGUUUAUUUAAUUAAUGAAGUUCACUUUUAACCGCAUUUCUGUCCUCAUGUUUCAGGGAACUCGGUAUUGCCUAUUUCGUGAUAGUGUUAACGGCGAGCUCAUCUUUAACAAUUAAUCAAUACCGCGCGUCCUUGAAGUGCCAUAAAGAGAAACGAUUGCCUCCGUCAUGGGGUUUUGCCACACGAUUGCACGCCAUUGGCGGCGCAGUUAAAAAUACGUUGUAUACACUGAUUACAUGAUACUCACAUUAUUUUCUCAAACAAAACUCAUCUUGUUUACUACAAAUGCAACAGCCACCGCCACUUACAAAAACAUCCAAGAAAUCUCUUAACGAAGAAGAAGAGUCCAGAACCAUGAAAAACGAAGAAUCACGGCUCAGCUGCGACGUCUGCGACAAACGUUUCAAAAAGGAGCAUCUCUUAAGUCGUCAUAAACUGAUACACAACGGUCAGAAGGAGCAGGCGUCUUCCAGAGACUCGUUUCUGGAGCUAGUCUACCAGAAGCAAGAAGCACUGUCUUGCCAGAGCUGCGACUUCCGGUGCAACAAGAGGUCGACCAUGAUCGCCCACCUGGCCCAAAACCACGACGGUUCGGGUAAGAGCAAGUUCACCAGCAAAGGGAAGUUCGCGUGCAUAAUCUGCGGCUUGACCUCGCCGCGCAAGGAAACCUUGAAGUCCCACUUCGUGCGCAAGCACACGCAGCAGUACGAGUUCCCCUGCGAGCAGUGCGGCAAGAAGUUCAAGAUCAAAGGUGACCUGACUACGCACACGAGACUGAUCCACGAGGAACCGCCUGUGAUCUGCGACGUGUGCGGGAAGACCUGUCGGAACAGCCACAGCCUGUACGCUCAUCAGAAACACGCGCACUACAAAGCGAAGUUCGAGUGUCCCGUCUGUCACAGGCGACUGGUCAGCAAAGAGAACCUCGACCGACACGUCCUGAUGCAGCACGAGAAGAAGGAGAAAUACGUCUGCGAGGAAUGCGGCAAGACGUUCUUCGAGAACUACGAUUUUCGGAAGCACAUGAGGAUACACACCGGUGACAAGCCGUACAGGUGUACGGUCUGCGCCAGGGCCUUCACAACGCACAGCAGCCUGAGUCAGCACAUGCUGCUGCACACCGGCGAGAGGGUUUACGUCUGCAACGUUUGCGGCAAGUCCUUCGCGCAGAAGGCCGGCCUCAUUUGCCAUAGGAAGAUCCAUUCGGGGACUCUGCCGCCGCUGCCCGUGAAACGCAUCGAUCACAUCUUGAAGGAGCUCAAGAGCAAAUAGGCUCGCUCGAGUUGGAGACCUCUUUUGCAUUCGAACUGAGAAUCGUGACUCAGAGUGAACGGAGUACACGAGCUCUGAAUACGUUAAGACUCGAGACGUUUGUCGAGGAUACGAGGUCCCGUUGGUGAUUUGUCGUGAUGCUCUAGCGUUCGUGAAUGUCGUUCGUUGGGUCGAUGGGCAAGAGAUGUACCGUGGAUGCACGCGCGAAUGAAUUUACCUUGUUUAAUCAGUUGG